AACAAAGGGCAUUGUCCACGAACUAAAACUCCCGCUGUUAUUCACCAAAACUUCAACUACAGCUGACCUCCAAGAUGGUGCAAUGGGAAACAAGAAAUGUGUGAUUAACGCUUACGUUUUCUGUUAUCAUAUUCGAAAUUGCGAGAAGUAUACGCGGAUUGUGUGUCAAAGUCGAUGAAAUGCCAGGCAUAAACAAACCAGGUGCAAUGGCAGAUUUUCUAAAUUGCGGCUUAGGCUUAGGAAAUAAUGAAGAUUUGAGACCUCUGAUGCCAGCUGGACCACUUCUAGCUCGUAUGUUAGUGCGAGAGAUGCAUAAAGAUCUUUUAGACUUUAACAAUGUGCCUCCACAGAUGGAUGAGGACAAUCUGAUUUUAGCUUCUGUUAAUCCACGAUCUAGUAAUGAUCGAAUUUCUCCAAUUCUUCAUGUGUCUGACGCCAUGGGAGAUUCAUUUGAUGAGAAGUGUACUGAUAAUGAAUUGGACAACUGUGAGAAAUUUGAUGAUGUAAAAACUGAAGAAAGUGCUUCUGCAUGUGAACAAGUGCCUUCAAACGAAAGUAUAUACUACUUUUUACCUAUUAAUUAUAGUAAAAGAAAUCCUUGGCGUCGAAUUAUUGGUCUUCACACGUCAGGCCAGGAACUUCAAAGUGCUACUUACCCAGCUCGAACUAGUGUUAAGAAGCUGAGAUUUGCCCAAGCAAAGAAGCCAUUGAAUUAUUUAUAUUCCUAUUUUUCUGUUCAUUUGUUAGAUUGUGAUGAUGAAAGCAGUAUUACAGUAGGAGUUUGUAGAAAGGAUUACCCAAGUAAAGUUGCUCCUGGGAAAACAGCUGGUUCAAUAGGCUAUUUUUCAGAUACAGGCAGCGUGUUUUAUCGUGAUGCUGUACAUUUAGAUGGACCUGUUUUCUCUAAAGGCGAUGUCAUUGGUUGUGGCAUCAUAUAUCCUCCCCAUUACAAGCGCUAUGUUGAUUUAUCUACUGAUGAUAAUAGUGAUGGAAUGACUGAUGUUGUGCUCACUUCACUUUUGAAUGUCAACAAAAAGUCUAUGGAUUUUGUUUGCAAUAUGUUAAAUUUGAAUGUUGAAGAAAGAGAGUCUUCAGACUAUGAAAGUUCGAACAGUUUUGAAAUUGAAACUAGCAAAGAGGAUGCUAGUGAUUGUGAUUAUUAUAAUGAAAAUUUUGUUGAAAGCAGAACACAAGUGGAAGUGUACUUUACUUACAAUAUGCAAGUUGUUGGAAAAGUAUUAUCUCAUAUUCCCGUUGGUGGCUUUUAUCCCACUGUACACGUAUUUUCAUCUAGCGCAAUAAAAAUGAGUGUUGACUUAAAUCCGCCAUCAUCUUAACACUAAGGAUAGAAUUUAUCUUUGGAUAUUUGCUCUUUGUAUAUAUAUAUUGAAUGCCUCAUCUUGUGGAAGGAAAGUUUCACUUAUAUGUUGGAAAUAGCAAUUUUAUUUUUUUAUUUUUGUGUGAAGAAGUUUUCAGUUAUUAAGUUAUCCUAAGUGUCUAAGACUUGCAUGUAGAUAGAUAAUUUCAUACUUUCUUAUUUUCAAGAUGUGUCAUUUACUUUAGUAUUAAUCAAACUAUUCAUUGUAGGCAAAGAUUGAUUUGCUUUUGUAGCAAAGCUUUGCCUGAGCCAGCUUUUGAAAAAUAAUAUAUUUAGUAAAAUGCAUUUUUUAAGCAUAGUAAAUAAUGCAAUAGUUUAUUUCUUACAAUUUAAAAUCACCUUAGAAGUGUAUUAAAUAUUUUGAACUUUUUCCAUGAUUUAGGAAUUCAAAAACUGCCAUGGUAGCUUGUAUAUUGAUUAACUUCUAUAUAUUACAUUUGCAACUGGUGUAACUCUUUUUCUUUCAAACUUUAUGAAUAUAAGUUCUCUGAUGAGUCACAUUCGGUAACCAAUAUUGGUAAUUAUACUGAUGUGCUUUAAAAAUUCACAUUUUU